AUGCUCGCGAUAUCGCGCGCGAGCGCGCUGAGCCCGACCGCGUCGCGCGCGUCGCGCGGGAGCGAGCCCGCGCGUCGCCGCGUCGCCGUCCCCGCGCGCGCCGCCGCGACCGCGCGACGUCGUCGCGCGAUCGCGACGUCGUCGUCGCGCGAUCGUCGCGUCGUCGCGCCGCGCGCGUCGUCGUCGUCGUCGUCGUCGUCCUCCUCCUCCUCCUCCUCCGAGGCCGCCGCCGCCGCCGCCGCCGCGGACGACGCGUCGCGCGCGCCCUCGGCGUCCUCGCGGCGCGGCGUCCUCGGCCUCGGCGCGGCCGCGCUCGCGUCGACCGCGGCCGCGCGCGUCCCGCUCGCGUUCGCGGACGACGACGUCGUCGUCGCGUCGCCGUCGCCCGCCGCCGCGCGAGGCGCCGUCCUCGUCACCGGCGCGAACAGCGGCGUCGGCUUCUCCGCCGCGAAGCAGCUCGCGGCGCGAGGCGAGCGCGUCGUCCUCGCGUGCAGGACCGUCGAGAAGGCGAACGUCGCGCGCACGGCGAUCCUCGAGAAAGUCCCCGGCGCCGCGAUCGACGUCUUGCCAGCCGCGGGGCUCGAGAUGGCGGACCUCGCCUCCGUGUCGGACUACGCCAAGGCGUUCAAAGACUCCGGCAUCCCGCUGAACGUCCUGGUGUGCAACGCCGGGAUCAUGGCCGUGCCGCUGGGACACACGAGACAGAACCACGAGAUGCACUUCGGCGUCAAUCACCUCGCGCACUUUCUCCUGCAAGACGCGCUCGUGCCCGCGCUCCGCGACCGCGUCGAACGCGACGGCAAACGCGGCCGCGUCGUCGCGUGCAGCAGCAUCGCCAACACCCUCGGCGACCUCGCCGUGGACCUCGACGACCUCGACUGGAACGAUCGGACGUACAACGAGUGGACCGCGUACUGCGCGAGCAAGGCGGAGAACGUGCUGAUGACGGAUCAGCUCGCGAUUCGCGAGCCCGGGAUCUCGUCGAACGCGUUUCACCCCGGAAUCGUGACGACGAACUUGGUGCGGUACAUACUCCCGGAUCUCACCGCGGAGAACCGCGACCCGGAGGCGGAGGCGCAGACGCGCAACGGGAAGAUGCUGAAGAAGAUGGGGAUACGCGACGCGGACGAGGGCGCCAAGACGCACGUGUGGCUCGCGUCGGACCCGGCGGCGGAGGACGUCAGCGGGGAGUUUUUCAUCGACCCGGGGGUGACGUAUCCGGGCGCGACGCGGCGGCAGCUCGUGGACGGCGGGGACUGGUUUCUGCUCACGGGGGAGGAGUUCGGGGCGAGGCAGCUCGGGAUGCCGGACAAGCUGUUCGAGUGGCGGAACGAGAGGAACGGCGAGGUGUUGUGGGACAAGUCCAUGGAGAUGAUAUCGAAGUACCGCGCGUGA